AUGGCCCUCCCAAUCUCUGUACUGCUGGCCCUGGUGAUGCUGUGCUCCAGCCCCACUGGCUCUCUGGGUUGUAACCUGUCUCCAAGCCAAGGCAGUCUGGAAACGUUCACACUUUUGAGUCAGAUGGAGAGAAUCUCCAUUUUGUCUUGUCUGAAGGACAGGACUGAUUUCAGAUUUCCUCAGGUGCUUGUGGAUGGGAACCACUUGGAGAAGACGCAGACCAUAGCAGUCCUGCAUGAGAUGCUUCAGCAGAUCUUCAACCUCUUCAUCACAAGUGGCUCUCCUGUGGCUUUGGAAGAGACCCUCCUGGACAAAUUCCUCACUGGACUUUAUCAGCAGCUGGAUGAGCUGGAGACAUGUUUGGAGGAGGAAAAGAAGGUGGAACAGUCACUCCUGGGAAGUGAGAACUCCAGACUGAUUGUGAAGAGGUACUUCCAAGGAAUCAGUUUGUAUCUGAAAGGGAAAGAAUACAGCCGCUGUGCCUGGGAGGUUGUCAGGGUGGAAAUCAGAAGGUGCUUACUCUUCAUUAAGAAGAUCACAGGAAAACUCAGGAAAUAA